GAUGACACGUUGUACACGCAAUUAUAACAUCGUUAACUUCUACCACCAAUUGUUUUAGGCCAGCUAUAAAAGGACCAUGUGAGCUACACAUGGUCUUAUACUUGGACGUCAGCCUCCGAUUAAUCCACGCCAAAGAUGAACUCGAUAUUCUUAACAAACGCAGUAGGCUUACUGUUCUCCUUAUAUUUGUGCAUAUGUAUACUACUACUCCCUGUAUAUUGUGCGCCGGUUAUUUCAACAAUACCGUCUGCAUUAUCGACAGAAAUGACAACUUCGACGUCUAUACCAUCAUCGCUAGUAGUGACAUCUUUAUUGUCACCACCGUUACCAAUGGAAUUGGGGGAAAGAAGGUUCAGAUACGUAGAUAACAUACUCUUCACAAGCCUGUUAACGAACUGUGCUGCUGAACCUUGUAAAAUAAAAAUGUCUCAUUAUUCACGUUACUUGGUUUUUAAUUCUGAUGGCUCAGUUACUUCAACUAGAAAUUACAGUAAUGCAUCGUGGGUGUAUAUGUCAACGUACAACACUGCAGUGGAAUACCGAGAUUCGUUAUAUAAUUACUAUUUAGCUGUAAACGCAACUAACGGCCAUAUUUAUGGAAGAAGUCAGGGUACACAGUCGAACACUCUCUGGUCUGAGCGAAGUCAAGGAACUAUCUAUUCGCCUUAUACCACGUACUAUCUUAGUAUACAGAGAAACGGCGGUGACGUAAUCGGUGUCAACUCAACAGAAUUAGCGUUAAACCCACGCAAUUCCAACUUCAUGAAAUACCGCCCUAAUUGAUGACGUACCUAGCGUCACAAGUUGCGCCCAAUACGUGAUAAAUGACAUUUGGAAUUAGUAGGCCUAUACGGUAUAGGCCUAACUUUAAACGUAGAGUAGAACUAUCGUUAUCACAGUUACAAUAACUGUAACACACGACAGAAAAAACAAAACAAAGGUAUCCAAUUAACAGUAAACGAAGAUGAUACAAGAGAUAAAUAUCAUGUUUUAUUAUUUAUUUAUUUAAAUCAUUAUCAAGAAACAACUUUUCUUAAUGAGACUUAAACAUUUGAUAAUGCUUUGAACAAUAAAUACAGGUCUCCCUGUAAUUAAAGACCCCGUCAAUUAAAGACAACCACCAAUUAAGGACCAUUUUUCUGUGUUCCUAAAUUAACAAAAGUAUUUUAUUAUU